GAAAAUGGACAAUUUAACACGCAAAUUCAUCAUUCAUGUCCCGACGGGGAGACUCGCGCUUGCACGCUGAAUUGAUUUGCAAAUGCCCGGCCGUGGUGUGAAAAGGAAAAUUACCAGAGAGGAGAAGAGCGCGGUUCGCCACCCGGUAAGGGCGAGCUCUCUGUCGGGGAGAAGUCGGAGCGCAGCGGGGAUCGUACUGGGUGAUUUCUGCUGUCUGUGUUUACAGGACGUGUUCAUCAUAGAUGCAUCUGAGUAAUAAUGGAUAGGCCUACACUGAUGUAUCUGCUGAGAUAGCAGGUUCCAUUUUCCGUAUUCAUAGUUAUAGGGUAGGUUAUUCGUUAAUUGGCUCACGUGGAUCUUAUUCUCUGGUCUAAAGGAAUCAAUCACCAUUGCAAAGCUCAUGUAUGCUUAUAAAAAUACAAGGAAACGCGCUAUUGUCUCCUGACAUAGUGGCUCAUGCUGCGAUUGUAAAAUAAGGAAUAUGUUUCUGUAAAGUGCGUUUUACACUUUCAAACGAUCACGUCAGAUGUAGUAGACUCAAUCAUUUGCAUGGCGCUCAGCACCUUUGUCACUCACGCUACUCAGAUGCACGCUACUUGAGAUUGGAAUCACAAGUGUUGCCCUCAUACACAGAAGCAAAACUAGAAGUAAUUUUGUUAUAUCGUAGCUAUUGUUAAUAAAUAAAUGUCAAUUACCUAAACUCAUUGUAAGUGCAACAGGGGCACUUUACCUUGAGGCUAUAGGGUUUAGCCUGUUUGACAGACGCAACCUGUCUCAGUGUGGGUUAGCACGCUGUGAUGUACGGUCUAUGGUGCGCUGACUGAGAGGGGUGCAGGCUGGAUAAUAAAGGAGUAGCCUACCCGACAUAUCGGCGAGUGAGGACAGACAGGAGGGGGCGGCGGGACACUCCGCCUCAGAUUAUUUUUAUGAACGCGCAUGUUUGCGCCUUGUCAGCCUUGUAACUUAAGCAUAUUAGGGCACGUAAAUCGAGAUCGCCCCGUACGGCGGAGGAGUUGGUGUUUUAAGCCUCUACAGCUGGUGUCAUCGGCGGGCUGAGCUGUAGCAGCGCCGCUAGAGCAGGGCGCUCAACAGUUCAGUGCGCAACUGUAGUGAUUCUGCUUCAGGGGGACUGAAGAACCUGAGCUUCCCACCUCAGACCUGGAUGAACCUGCCGCCACCUUCCUAGGAUCACAGUACCCUUCUGUGACAGGAGGGGCCCUGCAGACAGCAGUCGUGCCAGGCACCAUGAAGCAGCAAGCUUGGCCUGAGAGAGCGGAGAAAUCACCCUUCAUCACUCUCAACCAGGCUGGGCAACGGAAGAAAUGCACACAGAAGCAGCAGCAGAGCAUGCCACAGCAAAGACAGGCUAACGCACACAUCUGAGAGCACACAGUGGAGAGCAAAUGGGGAAGGCAAGAAGAGACUGAGAGACGGAAGUCAGUAACUCAGAUUGCGUUGUUCUAGAUGGUAGUGUGGACUGGGCCACACACAGAGGCAGUGAUGUCCUUGUUAACACAUUGUCCUCCGUUAGAAGCUCCUUGUUAGAAAUCACAAAUCAGUACCCCGCCCCUGUGAGGCUACAGAGCUGAGGGGCAGAGAAGAAGACAAACAGAGGACGAGAGAGAGACAGAGCGGGAAAAAGAGACUGUGACAGGCCCCCAUGCAGGCGCGUAAGAAAUAUGUUCUGCUGGGCUUGUGUGCGUGCUGCUGGCUGGUCCUCUUUUACUGGGGUGGAGGAGUCCAGCUGCGUCUGCUCCGGCUGCUGACACGGCAGCGGGGUGAAGUGGUGCGCCCCUGGCCCAACUGGACUGACCGGGCCUUCUUGCCCCGCUAUGCCCACCUGGAUGAGCUCCAGACAGACCCCGGGACAGCUGAGUCACCCCGCCAGCGCCGUCAGGCAUGGUCCGCCAUUUAUAAGGACAGUCGCUGCCGCAUGGAGACCUGUUUUGACUUCUCGCGGUGUCGUCGCAGAGGCAGGGAAGGGUUCAGGGUGUAUAUAUAUCCAUCAGAGAAAAAUGAUCAUGUGUCAGAGAGCUAUAGGAAGAUCCUGACGUCUAUAGGUGAGUCACGGUACUACACAUCAGACCCCCGCGAAGCAUGUCUGUUCGUGCUUGGGAUAGACACCUUAGAUAGGGACCAGCUAUCAGGACAGUUUGUGCCCAAUGUGGAUGAACGUAUCCGUGGUUACCCGCUGUGGAAUGACGGGCGGAACCACCUAAUCUUCAACCUGUACUCAGGCACCUGGCCUAACUACACAGAGGACCUGGGCUUCAACAUCGGCCAUGCCAUCUUAGCCAAAGCCAGCCUCAACACAGAGCAUUUCAGGCCAGGUUUUGACGUCUCCAUCCCUCUGUUCUCAAAGGAUCACCCGCAGAAGGGUGGGGAGCGGGGCUGGCUGGUGAGGAACACCAUACCGCCAAGAAGAAAGUACCUGCUGAUGUUCAAAGGGAAGCGUUAUCUGACGGGCAUCGGCUCAGACACCAGGAACGCCCUUCAUCACAUCCACAAUGGAAAGGACAUUGUGUCGCUAACGACGUGCCGCCACGGGAAGGACUGGGAGAAGCACAAAGACGCCCGCUGUGACCACGACAACCUGGAAUAUGAGAGGUUUGAUUACCAGGAGCUCCUCCACAACUCCACUUUCUGUUUGGUGCCUCGAGGUCGACGCCUGGGCUCCUUUCGAUUCCUAGAGUCGCUACAGGCGGCGUGUAUACCAGUGCUGCUGAGUAACGGUUGGGAGUUGCCGUUUUCUGAUGUCAUACAGUGGAACCAGGCGGUUAUUGAGGGAGACGAGAGAUUACUACUACAGGUGCCAUCCACAGUGAGAGCAGUAGGGAAUGAGAGAGUCCUGGCCCUCAGACAGAGGACCCAGAUGUUGUGGGAAGCCUACUUUUCCUCUGUGGACAAGAUAGUCCUCACCACACUGGAGAUCAUCAAGGACCGUGUGUUCUCUCACAUAUCGAGGAACAAGUACAUGUGGAACUCCCUGCCAGGAGGUCUGCUGGUCCUACCAGAGUACUCCACUCACCUCACACAUUUCCCUUUCUACUACCUGGGAUUAGGGGUCAGUCCAGGUCAAGAGUUCACUGCUGUCAUCCAUGCUGUCUCCGCAUUGGUCUCCCAGUCUCAACCAAUAAUGAAGCUGCUUCAGGUGGUCUCUAAGUCAAAAUACUGCUCACAGAUCAUAAUUCUCUGGAACAACGAGAAGCCGCCACCCAGUCGGAGCAAAUGGCCUCCCAUGCCCGUCCCCCUUACUGUGACAGACGGCAGGAGGAAGACCACCAGUCGGUUCCUACCUCAUGUUGCCAUAGAGACAGAAGCAGUGCUGAGUCUGGACGAGGAUACAGUCCUGCUGACCAGUGAGGUGAACUUUGCCUUCUUGGUGUGGCGGAGCUUCCCUGAGCGGAUCGUGGGCUACCCUCCCCGGAGCCACUUUUGGGAUCCCCUGAAGCACGCCUGGGGCUACACCUCUAAAUGGACCAAUGACUACUCCAUCGUGCUAACUGGAGCUGCCUUCUACCACAGGUACUACCACUACCUGUUCACCCACUACCUGCCACAGUCUCUGCGGACUCUUGUGGAUCGCACCUCCAACUGUGAGGACAUCCUGAUGAACUUCCUGGUCUCUGCUGUAACCCACCUGCCUCCAAUCAAAGUGGCUCAAAGGAAGCAGUACAAAGAGUUGCCCAGUCCACAGGGUGCAAAGAGUGUCCCCUGGGCCAACCCGGAGCACUUCAACCAGCGGCAGGAGUGUGUCAACACCUUCACCAACUGGUUUGGCUACAUGCCUCUUGUCCACUCUCAGUUUCGCCUGGACCCCGUGCUCUUCAAAGAUCAAGUUUCUGUCCUACGCAAGAAGUACAAAGACCUGGAGAGAGCAUGAAAAUGGCGGACAAAAUGGACAAAUAUGCUGAGAAGCAUAAAGUCUGAUCUAGUGGCCUUUUGGACAAACAAAUGGACCAAUCACAGGUGGACAGUCAAGAUGGGAUACUCUACGCUGUGUGGGAUGUGGACAAAGUGGCAGUGCGGUCCAUUUGUGACAUGGACAAAGUACAAUCAUCAGACAGACCCUGGUGGACUGUUCUGGACUAUAAACACAUUAAUGUGAAGAGAAAGGGGCCUAUAAAUGUUUGAAUGGAGUUUCAAAUCAUUCUCGUACCUCCGUGAGACAACGGAGGAGGAUAUUCAGGGGCCUUGAAAGAGUCCCUGCGAUUUAGGCUCUCACUGAGACAGGACAAUCUCUAUUAUCCAAAGAAGGUUAACGUCAAGGGCAACUGGACUGAGUUGACGAUGCUAACCAAGUUAACCUUCUUUGGAUAACUAUGACCUGGAUGACUGAGAACCUUCACAGACGACAAUCUCUAUUGGACAGCAAAAAAAGGAACGCGUGUGAACACUUCAGAUGUCAUUGCUAUUGCUGUGACAAUGAGAAAGGAAUGACUAUCUCAUGCCAGAAGCACCUGAGGGACUGGCAUUGGUGCCAUGCACUCCAGCUGUCAAAUGUGUCUCAGCAUUACUGUGCAGGGACUGUUGCCAUGGAAACAAAUCAUUUCACAUCAAAAUGCUAACUGUAAAACCAAUAAAUGAUUUAUAAAUGCAAA